AUGUCUGAAUCACUCGAUCUCUCUUUGCUGAAGGGAACCCCCGAGCAAAGAGCAGAGGUCUCCGCUGAGCUGCUCAAGACAUUGAAAACCAAAGGAUGCGCCAAGCUAAAGAACCAUGGUAUUCCAGAUGAACUCGUUUACGGGCUAUUUGAUCAGACUCGUCGAUUCUUCUCUCUUCCGUUGGAGGAUAAAAUGCUCGCAAAGCACCCUCCCGAGGCAAAUCCAAACCGCGGCUACAGCUUCGUGGGACAAGAAUCUGUUUCUGGUAUCUCCGGCUUCGAAAAGGGACUACCACAAGGAAAAUUCGUUCGAGACAUCAAGGAAACUGUCGACUACGGUUCCGCAACUGACAACCUCGUUGAGAACCAAUGGGUACCCGAAGAUAAAAUCCCCGGUUACCGCAGCUUCAUGGAAGACUUCUACGACAGAUGCUUUAAAGUCGAACUCGAAAUCCUAGCCGCCCUUGCUACUGCUCUCGGCAUCUCCGAAUCAGAUAUGGUCAUGCUACACAAUAAAGCCGAGAACGAAUUCCGAAUCCUCCAUUACCCUGCCAUUCCAGCCUCCGAGUUGGCAGAUGGCACUGCAACCCGUAUUGCAGAACACACUGACUUCGGAAGUAUCACUAUGCUCUUCCAAGAUUCCGUCGGAGGCUUACAGGUGGAGAAUCAACAGAAUUUGGGAGUCUUUGAGGGUGUCGAGUCUUCUAAUAAGACCGAUAUCAUUCUGAAUAUUGGUGACUCGUUUCAGCGAUUGACAAAUGAUACAUUCCGCGCUGCGUGUCAUCGGGUCACAUAUCCGCCUACUGUCAAGGUUGGCUCUGCCGAGGUUAUUCCCGAACGCUAUUCGAUUGCAUACUUUGCUAAGCCGAAUCGACAUGCGUCAUUGUUUCCUUUCAAGAAGUUCAUUACGCCCAAUACCCCAUGUCUCUAUGAAGAUAUUACAGCCUGGGAUUAUAACAACUUGCGUAUUGCUAAGCUGUUUGGGCAAGCUUAG